AUGCUCAAGUUGGCGUGCUUGCAUGUAGGUAGACUGUCUGGCUACACUCAGGGGUUCGCGUUGCAGCAGAGGCUGACCGCUCGCCCAUCAAGCAACUACGACAACAGCCGGAAGGGUGUUGACGCCUUGUCCGCUGAGCAAAGUCCAAACAAUGGACUGGAUAACGGAGAGCUUGUCGUCGAUGCCCACUUCGUCCCUGGGGACGGGAGCAAGACGGACUCGUCCCCCGUUACGGUGGCCGACUUCACCGUCCAAGCGCUGGUGCUGGGCGUGCUCUCGAGAUACUUCCCCGGGCACGGCUUCAUCGCCGAAGAGAGCUCCUCCGUCCUUCGACAGGACCCGGAAUCCUUGUCCCACGUCCUGUCCGUUGUGAGGACGGUGCUGGGGCGGCAGGGUCUGGCGGAGGCCGAGCUGUGCGCGGCCAUCGAUCUGGGAACGCGCGGGCAUGGCAAGAACAAGAGGGGGCGCAGGGGGAAGGGAGGCAGGACCUGGGUGCUUGACCCGAUUGACGGCACGAAGGGGUUUCUACGAGGGGAGCAGUUUUGCGUGGCGCUGGGUCUGCUGGACGGUGGGAAGGCUGUGGCAGGCGUACUGGGGUGCCCUAAUCUUCCAUGCCACGAGCACCCAUCUGAGUUUUCGGGAUGGGCUCAGGGAGGGGAGGCAAGGGGGCUGCUGUACACCGCGGCGCUGGGAGAAGGGACGUUCGUGCGCGGGAUCUCGGCCGGCGCGGACGAUUCUAGGCGAGUCUUCGUAGACCACGCUCGGAAGCCGUGCGACACUCGGGUGUUGGAGUCGGUGGAAGCUGGCCACACCUCUCAUGCCGUUGCGGCGCAGGUUUGCAACGACCUCGGGAUUACGCUUCCCCCCAUCAGGGUCGACGGGCAAUGCAAGUACGGGCUGCUCUCGGAGGGACAGGGGGGGAUCUACCUCCGCCUCCCGCGUUGGGGAUACGUGGAGAAUAUCUGGGAUCACUGUGCUGGGUCCGUCGUUAUCCGGGAAGCCGGCGGGAAAGUGACGGACACACGCGGGGAGCCACUUGACUUCUCGCUGGGCACCAAGCUGCCGCGCGAGGUUGUCGGUGUGGUGGCGUCUUGCGGACGGGUACACUCGGAUGUUCUUCGCGCGGUAGACAACCGCCAGCUCGAGGACUGGGCGAGGGUGGUGGCCAGGGCCGAGACCAAGUCGUGGGAGAGCGAGCCGCCACCGGGGAGCGCGGCGCCGUCGCUGCCGGGGGUGGAGUGGAUGCCAUUGAACGAUGAUGUCGGCGGCAGCAGCGUGGGGGAGGCUUGGCAAGCGACGGCGCUAUCGCAACGACGGCCUCUGGUGAUGCGGACGAGCGACCAGUUCUACGGGACUCUCGUGCGAAACUGGCACAAGCUGGUGGCUGUUCUCUUCCACGGCGGCACGAGCUACUCCCAGCACGCAGUGGGCAUCCUCGAAAGCCUCGCCCUCCUGCAGCAGGAGCCACCAGAGGGCCAACAGCCCAACGACCAGCGCCAACAGACAGACCCGCAAGAGCAACGGCGACAUCGCUCGGGAGUGUCAGGAGCCAAGCCGCCAUCGCCACCGGGGGCACAGCCCGAUCUGGAGCCAGAAAGCGUUGGAGCGGUAACCACGACGACGGGGACGUUGCAACCGGAGGCGGCAGAACCGCGGGCGGAACGGGUGCCGGUCUUGCUAGCGGAGGCCAACGUCAUGAGCCUUAUCGAGGUUGCGGACAGGCAAGCCAUAGGCCGGCUACCUUCGCUCCACCUGCACCUGGGAGGUCGUGAGAUUCUCAGGAUUCCGGUCAACUUCGGCGAGACCGUGGAGUCAUUAGGCAAGAGGAUUGACGAGGUGGCUGUCAAAGUAUGCCAAGCAGGAGGGGCGCUGUGAAGUGGCGGGGGGAGGGGUUAACGAUUACCCCCAUUCAUCAUGCUUCUUUUUUGGGCUGGGUUUUUUGCGGUGGCGGUACUACUACUAUUUCGUCAUUUAUUGUUGGUGACCGUUGUCUACCAGAUUUUGUGUGUAUCCUGAUAGACAUAGAACGUGCGCUUCCCGGAGGUUGCGCGUUGGAAGCAACAUGUUUUUGAAAAAGGAUGUCGUAUUGUAGGUGCAAGGGCAAGCAUCGCUGAAUGCGCGAGUGGUCGCAUGGUGUCGAGUGGUGUCGUAGCGCAUGUGGUGCGGAGUUGAUGGUAGUGGUGAAUGCUGGCUUUACGUUGGUUUGCGUGAAAUUCACGUGCAUGUCUGGCCUUUUUGCGUCGAGUAGUGUACGUGCCAUGAUUUUUUUGGCGUUUUGUAUCGAGUAAGGCGUUGUAUGUCGAGUACCGUACCAUGUUUUUGUGAAACAAG